AUGGCCACCGUCACCACCAAGACCGGCCAGUCGGUCGAUCGCACGGUCCUGGACUCGAUGCUCCGCCGCCGCAUGUUCUACACCCCCUCCUUCGAGAUCUAUGGUGGCGUGUCUGGUCUCUAUGACUAUGGCCCACCCGGUACCGCCCUCGUCGCCAACAUGACCGAUUUGUGGCGCAAGCACUUUGUGCUCGAGGAGGAUAUGCUCGAGGUCGACUGCACCAUGUUGACCCCUCACGACAUCCUCAAGACCAGUGGGCACGUGGAUAAGUUCGCCGACUGGAUGUGCAAGGACCCCAAGACUGGCGAGAUCUUCCGUGCCGACCACUUGGUUGAGGAGGUUCUGGAGAACCGGCUGAAGGGUGACAAGGAGGCCCGUGGCCAGAAGGUCGAGGUUGACGCUGAGAAGGAGGCCAAGAAGAAGAAGAAGUCCAAGGGCGAGACCAAGGCCGUCAAGCUGGAUGACGCUCUCGUCAAGGAGUACGAGGAGACUCUCGCGCAGAUCGACAACUUCGACGGCCCUGCUCUUGAGAAGCUUAUCGAGAAGUACGAUAUUCGCAACCCCUCUACCGACGGCAAGGUCGAGCCCCCCGUCGCUUUCAACCUCAUGUUCCAGACCUCCAUUGGUCCCACCAGCAACAUGCCUGGUUACCUUCGCCCCGAGACCGCCCAGGGUCAGUUCCUGAACUUCCAGAAGCUGCUUGAGUUCAACCAGCAGGGCAUGCCCUUCGCCUCUGCGUCCAUUGGCAAGUCCUUCCGUAACGAGAUUUCUCCCCGUGCCGGUCUUCUCCGUGUGCGUGAGUUCCUCAUGGCUGAGAUUGAGCACUACGUCGAUCCCGAGGGUGGUAAGAAGCACCCUCGCUUCGUCGAGGUCAAGGAUGUCGAGAUGUCCCUGCUCGACCGUAACGUGCAGCUGUCUGGCAGCACCAAGACCGCCAAGAUGACCAUUGGCCAGGCUGUCGAGACUGGUCUGGUUGACAACGAGACCCUGGGUUACUUCCUGGCCCGCAUCCAGUCCUUCCUCCUGAAGCUGGGCAUUGACUUCAACAAGCUGCGCUUCCGUCAGCACAUGGCCAACGAGAUGGCCCACUACGCCGCUGACUGCUGGGACGCCGAGCUGCAGACCAGCUACGGCUGGAUUGAGUGUGUCGGCUGUGCCGAUCGCAGCGCUUACGAUUUGACCGUGCACAAGAACAAGACUGGCGCCGCUCUGGUUGUCCGUGAGACUCGCUCCGAGCCCCUGCGCAUCGAGGAGUGGCAGAUUGAUCUUGAGAAGAAGAAGUUCGGUCCCCGCUUCAAGAAGGACGCCAAGACCGUCGAGGCCGCUAUUGAGGCUCUCUCGCAGGAGCUGCGUGAGAAGCUGGCCCUGGAUCUUGAGCAGCAGGGCAAGAUCGAGGUCGACAUCGAGGGCGUUGGCUCUGGCAAGGUUGAGCUUGAGAAGGACCUGAUCAAGAUUGAGAAGCGCACUCGUGUUGAGAACAUUCGCGAGUACACUCCCAACGUUAUUGAGCCCUCCUUCGGUAUUGGCCGUAUCAUGUACAGCAUGAUCGAGCACGUCUACUGGUCCCGUGCUGGCGAUGAGGCCCGCGGUGUCCUCUCUUUCCCUCCUUCUGUCGCUCCCACCAAGGUCUUGCUGGUGCCCCUCUCCACCAACGCCGGCUUCAAGCCCCUGACUCAGAACCUGAGCGCCAAGUUGCGCCGUCUGGGUGUUUCCAGCCGUGUGGACGACUCUUCUGCCAGCAUUGGCAAGCGCUAUGCCCGUAACGAUGAGCUGGGUACUCCCUUCGGUAUCACCGUUGACUUCCAGUCCGUCAAGGACAACACUGUUACCCUACGUGACCGCGACACGACCAAGCAGGUUCGUGCCAGCGAGGACGAGAUUCUGCAGGCUGUCAAGUCGCUUGUCGAUGGCGAUGAGACCUGGGCCGAUAUUGUCAAGCGGCUGCCCGAGUUCACUGGCCAGGAGAUCGACUCCGCUCCCGAAUCCGGUUUACCGCGCCAAGAAUCCGGGGCAACCUCGUCGCAUCUUCCAUCUGUCCUCAUCCUCCUUCUCGUGGAGAGAGCAAGUCCCAACGCAGAACCCAUGGCGCCUACAAUCCACUCCGCCAAACUCACGCUAUCCUGCCCGCUGUUCGCAGCAGACUUCGACCCGCGCAACAACGGGCGACUGCUCGUUGGCGGCGGAGGCGGCGAAAGCCGCAGCGGAGUUGGGAAUAAGAUUUCUUUGAUUGAUACGUCACGUCGAGAUGAGAUUACCGAGGCUGUGGAGAUCAACUUGUCGCGCGACGAGGACUCGGUGACGUCGCUCGCUGCGGCGCCGCAGUUUGGCGAUGACGAGGGCUCGCUGGUCGUUCUAGCUGGUAUCAACAGCUCUCUUGCAGACCAGAAGAAAAACAACAAUCAGCACAUGCGGUCUUUCCGAUUCGAAGCGCCUCAGAAGAAGAAAACCUUGACCCCGACCAACUCGCAGGACGACGCGGAGGAUUCCAAGGACACGAAAGCGAAGAAGGAGAAGACGGCUGAGGAAGUGAUACCUGGGAAGUCAGAGGCUUUGUCGCGUGCUUCGAUUUUCCGCGCAAAGGGACCGGAUUCGGGUGAUACUUAUCAACGAGUCUUGAGGCUGUCGCCUUGGAGGAAGCCGGCUGAUGGCUCGGAGAAGACUGGUCAGGAUACCAGGGUCGGUGCUAUUGCGACCGGCAUGGCGCAGUCUGGUGAGAUUGUCUUUUUCUCUGUUACAAAGGGUCCCACCGAGUCGGAUGUCAUCGGCCGUAUCCGUCUCGACAGUCACGAAGAAGCCGAGGAUGUGGACUUUGCCAGCCUUGAGAACGACCCCGAGCAGACGGGAGAUGCCCGUGGUAGAUACCGUGUGGCAUACACCAACGGUGCCGAUGUGAUGAUCGGCGAGAUCUCUUCAUCCACCCGCUCCAACGCUGCACCCGAUGUUCGCUGUGUUUAUACCAUUCCUCUUCCCAGCAGCGGCGCCCGUGCUGCUCGUCCCAAGUUCCGCGCCUUGCGCUUCCUCUCUUCAUCGGCACUACUCCUGCUUCAAAAUGCCCCAAACCGCGGUGGUAGCGAGCUGGUAAUUCUUCGCUUGCCUACAACUAAAGCGGGCACGGCAACUAUCCUCCGCCGUCGCAAGCUGCCCCGGAGUGUUCAGAUUGGUCUGGGCCUCGACAUUUGUCCCUUAGGCACCAACCCAGCUGGCCAACAGCAGACUAUUAUUGCCGCCAGCGGCAGCGACAACUCCAUACCGCUGUUAACGGUAGAGUUCGGCCCCAACAAGGGAUAUGGCGCGAUCAAGUCUUACACAACCCUCCGCGACGUGCACCCAUUCUCCAUGACGAAACUCGUCUUCUCUCCUUUCACAGCUCCCGCCCACCCAGUAACACCCGACGUGCUCCCGCAAAAGGUCAAGCUUGCCUCUAUAAGCAUGGGCAACACCAUCGUCGUUCACACCCUCCCACUCUCCCCCUUCCCUGCCUCCUCCCGCACCCCUCGCUAUGUCCUAUCCUUACCCGGCCCCGCGGAGUUCUGGGAGGGCCUAUACUUUGUCGCUGUCCUACUUUUCUCUCUCGUCCUCAUUACUGGAACCAUGCUUGCCUUUGCCGAGAUCCGUGGUGGUACACCACCAGUUCUGGGUGCCGCACAGUGGCUGCCUCCAUCAUGGCGCAGUGCCAUUGUAAACGAGUAUAUCCCACCUGCACCAGGCAAGGGCUCAUACAUCGACUAUCUCCUGUCGCCUAAGAGCCAGGAAGCCCCUCCCGUGGCGAACGUCGUCGCGGAAAACCAACUCGAGAGCUUGAAAGACAUCCUCGAUCGAGUCCACAGCGCCGGCGCCGCGCCCAUUGACCUCGAGACCGUUAGCCCACACGCUCUAUCAGUCAUCCUACGCUGCCACGACGGCCAAACCGCCGAGCAAAGCGUCCUCAUCGAGACAUUAGCUUCGCAUCACGCCAGUGAGGAUGAAGCCCGCGAGGCAGAAAAGUUCCGCACCUGGGCCGAGCUUAGCGGUGAAGACCAGGUUGCCUGGAAACGGAGACUGACUGAUGCCGGUCGAUGGGCUGCGAGUGAAGGCGAGACUGUGUUGAAGGGUGUUUUGUUUGGUGAGGCUUGUGGGCAGUUGCGUCAUGCUGUUGAGCAGGGAUUGCGCUGA